AUGAGCGAAGAAGGUAAUCAAGAGAUCUAGUGUUUAUAAGUGUUUAUAAAUGUAUAAUAUAAUGAAUAAAAAAAAGUUUGCAGAUGCAAUCCAACACUUGAACGCGGCCACCACAAUUGCAAAAGAAAUGCUUGAUGUUGGAAUGUAUUCGGCGAAAAAAUGCAUUCCAGCGAUUGCGGUCUUCGUUGAGCUCGGUCUAAUCGCAAGAACAGUGGCCGGUUUUGCGACGCCCGGCAAAAAAGACAAGGUGUUGGAGGAGAUUGCCGCACUGAGUGAAAAGUUUGGAAAAGUGAGGUGAGACGAUGCGCUCGCGUAAGCUAAACGAUUUUCAGAUUGAGGAGAGUAUCAAAGAAAACUUUUUGAACCUCAAGUUAUUCAUGAGCGCUCACAGUUUUUUCAAUGUAAGCUCAAAUACAUUUCUAAAGCGAACAUCUUUACGAUCAGGAUGUUCCACUCGCAACUUCUGUUUUGUUCGAGUCAAUGCUAAAGGCGCUGACAAAACCUGGAAAAGAUAGCGAAAAUGAUUUUCGCGACCAGUACGCAAUUACUCAACCUUUGGAAUAUUCGAGAGUAUGAACAACACAAUAGACCACAUGUACGGAAAUUUCGGUUUCAGAGAUUGAAUCAUCAACUACUGUAUGCGACCAUGAAUCCGAUGAGAUGGGCGAUGGCGAAUGAGGCAGUCAAGUCGACAAAAGUGUUUGAAGAGUGGAAGAACAUUUUCGAAAGUGUCCUCGUUCAGUUGGUUGGUGUUUUAGCAAUUAGGUACCUGAAAAAUGAGUGUUUCUUAACUUUUAGUGUAUAUUGGAAGCAUUCGCGUGCGGAUUGAUUAACGGAAAAGACACUUUCAAGGUGGAGGCAACUGUGAAAGAGUACAACACUUUCAAAAAAAGAGUGAAACAAUGGAAGAAGCAAUAUCAGGUGACUAUAUUUUUCUCAAUAACGAUGAAAAUAUGGCUCACAGACGGAGAAUCAAUUUUGGCCUCACGCCGUCAAAAAGGUUGUGGAUGAGGUUCAAGACAACAGUGCCAACAAAACGAUUGAGGAGAAGGCCGAACUGAUUCGCACUGGAAUCGAGCCGAUCUUGACCGAGUGAGCUCUUGUUCUUCUUACUUAAAUGACCGAUACGUCUUCUACAGUUCCAUAUUCUACGUGAUUGUCAUGCCCGAAUCGUUCACCACUCGACACCAUGCUAACCUUCCGGAUCAAGUGUUCAUCUCACUGAACCGAGGCGGCUGUCACGUCUUCGUCUACCGUAGUCUGAAAGCAAUAGCUGAAGCCGAAGGCAUUCGACUCUUCAACACAGUCGUCGAUUAUUUUCAAAAAAUGAGAAUGCCGGAAUACUCGAAAUGGGUAGAAUGGCUUGGUCAAAACGAACUUCGAAGAAUGACACUUGCGCUACUUCGUAAGAGCGGAAUUGUGUUGAUUGUCGAAAAUGCGAAAAAAGGCGAUGUUGCUGUUCGAUGCACCAAAACGAACAUUCUCGAGAAUGGUCCUGGCAAAUGGUUUUACAGAAGCAGAACUCAUGACAAAGAGACAAGUUGUUUCUUCCUUACUGGAUUCAAUUGA